AUGCGGUGCCAGGGCCUCCCGCUGCACGCGGCCCCCGCCCGGACGGGCCGGGAGGCGGAGCGACCUGCGCUGCCGCUGCCGGCGCUCGACGGCCUCACGCAGUCGACGGGGUUCCACGACAUGGCGCCCCUGCGCGCCGCGGACCAGGGCGGCCUGACGUACGCCUUCCUGAGUCCAGUGUUUGACUCAGUGUCGAAGGUGGGGUAUAAGUCGGCGAGGUUCGACGAACAGGAGCUGCGGAGUACUCUCGCGGCGUGCCCGCGGCCCGUGUACGCGCUGGGCGGCGUCACGCCGGACCGCGUGCCGCAGCUGGCGGACCUGGGUUUUGCCGGUGCUGCAGUGAUCGGCCACGUGUGGGGGAGCGACGACCCGGUCGGGAGCCUCAGGGCGCUCCUGGACGCCGCAGAGCGCGUGUGA